GCUCGGUCCACUUGGAGCCUCCAGCCCGUGUCGGUGAAGCAGAGUCCCGCAGCAGAGCUCGCUCCGAGUCCGGUGAGUGUACCUCGGCGUGACGAUGGCCGACAGCUCCCAGUGUUCCUACUGCCGCGAGGACCUCGCAGGGAAGAGGUACGUACGCAUCGAGGGAAAGCCCGUUUGCGUUCGCUGCCACACCAAGUUCUGCGCCAAGUCCUGCGCCGAGUGCCGUCGACCCAUCUCCGUGGAGACGAAGGAGCUGAGCCACAAAGGACGCUCCUGGCAUGAAGAGUGUUUCCGUUGUGCAAAGUGUUACAAGCCUCUGGCCAAAGAGCCGUUCAACUCCAAGGAUGACCGGAUCAUGUGCGUGAAGUGUUGCUCGAGAGAGGAUGCUCCGCGCUGCCACGGCUGCUUUAAAUCCAUUCUGGCUGGCACAGAGACGGUCGUGUACAAAGGAAACUCGUGGCACGACGAGUGCUUCACUUGUAGCGGCUGUAAAACACCGAUAGGAUCUCAGAGUUUCCUCACCAAAGGAAGUGAUGUUUACUGUAAUCCGUGCUACGAUGACAAAUUUGCCAAGCACUGCGUCAGCUGCAAAAAGCCGAUAACCUCUGGAGGAGUGAACUACCAGGAGCAGCCGUGGCACAGCCACUGCUUUGUGUGCAGCUCCUGUUCAAAGCCACUGGCCGGGUCCAGUUUCACCAACCACCAGGACCAGGUCUUCUGUGUCGACUGCUACAAGAGCUCUGUGGCCAAGAAGUGCAGCGGCUGCCAGAACCCCAUCACAGGUUUUGGUAAAGGCGUGAACGUUGUGAACUUUGAGGGCAGCUCGUGGCACGAAUACUGCUUCAACUGUAAGAGAUGCUCCCUCAGUCUGUCCGACAAACGAUUCGUGACCAAAGGAAGAGACAUCCUCUGCUCUGACUGUGGCAACAAGGAGUGACUGGAUACUGCCUUGAAUGAAACACGGCUUUCUAACCUUUGAGUCGUUUUUACAACGACCGCGCCUACAUUUCAGUAUCCUCCUCAUUUUUUGAGGCAUUUACUGACGUGGUAAUUCUGAUACACGCUCACUUUUAAUGUGCAACGCGCUGAAACAACUGAUGCUCAGAUCGACUGCUGUAGGUCAUGACAAUGAGAAACAGAAUGAAAAUGAUGCAACAAAAAAACAACUACUCCCAGUUAACUGGAGUAAAUCUGGUUGGCUGCUAAAAGAAGUUGUUUUCAAACUAAUAAAUAAAUGGAUUUAUUGAACAGGUUGCAUCAAUUUCAUUCUUUAGUCUCUCUCUUUUUUUUUUUUUAAUCAUCUGCUCCGUCUGUUUCACGUGCCUAAAGUAUUCAACAAACUAUAAAGAAUUAAUUUGCAUAUUUUUAAAGUCAGUAUUUGUUAAUAAAAAGUACUAGCAUGCUUUAAAUUGUAUUAAUGUCAUAAUCACUUCAGUGCCUUUUACGGCUAGUUAUUUUAAUUUUAAAGUUAAUAUCCCGCCAGGAUCAAAUGAUCAUUUUUAAUUAUUUGUCAAAAUGCUAACUUGGAUCGGUUAAACUUUAAGCACCUUUCUAACCAGUUUUCACUCCAUGGGGAGAGAGGAAGUUGUAAAACUGAAUUGUUUGUUGCACGUCUGGAUGUGUCGAUGCCUUAAAACGAAAUAAACUUUACACA